AUGGAAAGCACAGCAUCAAAGAGCUGGUACGAUAUGGUUGUGGAGGAAGAGGAGAAUAAAGUCCAGGAGCUGAUGGAUGUCAUAUCAGCUCUAAACCAAAAGCUUGAAAAGGCUACAGGUGAUUUGAAGACGGUGACAGAGGAGAAAAAGGCUCUUGCGAGGCAAUUACAGAGCAGGUGGAAAAUGCAUCACGACAAUGAAAUGAAAUGGUCUCGCAAAAUGAUGGCUUUAGAUCAACAGCUGAAGCAAAGCCAGCAAAUCAACCUGGAGCUGUCUUCCUCUUUAAAAAGACAGGAGGAAGACAACCAGAGGCUCCAGGUUGAGAUCCUGGAGCUCCAAGAAGAGAAGGACCAACAAAUACUGAAGGCUGACAACCUCCAGAAACAGCUAGAGGAGGUCAGACAGAGUAUUUAG